AUGAGUAAAAUUGCAAAGUUUCUUGCUAAAAGGCAGGAUAAAGAAGAAGGUGUUGGGACGAAUGCGAAGGCGAUACCCUUUAACAAGCAGGACUACCAGAGUCUGAAGCGUGAAUGUUUGGAAAGAAAAACAUUGUUCUGUGACCCGACCUUCCCUGCGGAUUCCGAGUCUCUGGGAUACAAUGAACUCGGGCGGUAUUCCUCUCAGACCCGGGGAAUGGAGUGGAAGAGACCAAAGGAGCUGUGUUCAAACCCCAAGUUUAUUGUGGAUGGUGCCACACGGACUGACAUCUGCCAAGGGGCUUUGGGUGACUGUUGGCUUAUGGCAGCUAUUGCAUCGCUGACUCUAAAUAACAGCAUUCUGGAACGCGUAGUCCCACCUGGUCAGAGCUUUACGGACGACUACGCCGGCAUCUUUCACUUUCAGUUCUGGCAGUAUGGUGAAUGGGUGGAUGUUGUCAUUGAUGACCAGCUGCCCACCAAAGAUGGAAAGCUGCUGUUUGUUCACUCGGCUGAGGGUUCAGAGUUCUGGAGCGCUCUGCUGGAGAAAGCUUAUGCAAAGCUCAACGGCUCAUAUGAAGCUUUGAUCGGUGGCAGCACCAAUGAGGGUUUUGAGGACUUCACUGGAGGAAUUGCUGAGAAUUAUGAGUUGAGUAAAGCCCCUCCUCAUCUGUUUAAGAUCAUUCAGAAAGCACUGGGGUUGGGCUCCCUGCUCGGCUGCUCUAUCGAUGUAAGUAAUCAUAAUCUACUUCUAUUGGAGUUAUAUUAUGUUGACCAUAAUAUGUAAAUGCAAUGACAACAUUACAUACAGUGACAUGCUAGUGUGUAUGAAACGGAGGCGUUGACCAGUCUGAAGCUGGUGAAAGGACAUGCGUACUCCAUCACUGGCGCAGAGGAGGUUCAUUAUUUCGGGCGUCCGGUGCAGCUGGUGCGUAUGAGGAACCCGUGGGGUAAGAUGGAGUGGACAGGUGCAUGGAGUGAUACAUCCAACGAGUGGAAUUAUGUCCAACCGGAGGAGAAAGCUAAAUUGAAUUAUUCAGCUGAAGAUGGAGAGUUCUGGAUGGCAUAUUCAGACUUCAUAAAGCACUUCUCAGAGUUGGAGAUCUGUAAUCUAACCCCAGACACUCUGACCAGUGAUGAGGUGGGCCAUUGGAACUACUGUCAGUUUGAAGAAAACUGGAGGGUGGGCUCCACGGCAGGGGGCUGCAGGAACAACCCGGCUACAUUCUGCUCGAACCCUCAGUUUGUGAUCAAACUGGAGGAUGUGGACGACGAUCCUUUUGAUGGAGAGGAUGGCUGCACUUUGCUAGUGGGACUGAUGCAGAAAGAUGGACGUAAAGACAAACGCUUUGGACGGGACCUGAAUACCAUUGGCUUUGCCAUCUAUGAGGUUCCAGAUAAGUACAAAGGUCGCAAUAAUAUUCACCUUGGCCCUGACGUGCUCCUCUACAAAAAUUCCGUGGCAAAGAGCUCCUUCAUGAACACGCGAGAGAUGAGCGGGCGGUUUAAACUGCCUCCGGGGGAAUACGUCAUCAUCCCCUCCACAUUUGAGCCCCAUCAAAAGGGAAGUUUCAUCCUACGCGUGUUCACAGAGAAAGAAGUGGCCGCCAGCCCAAUGGAUGUUGAUGUCACUGCGAAUUUGAAAAAGGAUAACAUAUCUGAGAGUGACAUGGAUUCUAAGUUAAAAGGCCUUUUUAUGAAGAUCGCUGGAAAUGACUCAGAGGUGUCUGUGGUGGAACUACAGAAGAUACUGGACAUUUUUGCAUCUGAGAGAACUGAUAUAAAGACCGAUGGAUUCACUCUUGAAACGUGUCGCGACAUUGUCAGCCUUCUAGAUAAAGAUGGCAGUGGCAAACUUGGCCUGGUGGAGUUUUACACCCUGUGGAUAAAGAUCCAGAGAUAUUUGGAAAUUUUCAAGAGCCGUGACACAGACAACUCGGGCACUAUGAGUUCUCAUGAGAUGAGAGAUGCAGUGAAAGAAGCAGGGUUCCAGGUGAACAGUGAAAUACUUCAGGUGAUAAUCUCGCGUUAUGCCAACCAGCAGUAUGCCAUUGACUUUGAUAGCUUUGUGGGCUGCCUGAUCCGCUUGGAGAUGCUCUUCAAAAUGUUUCAAUUGAUUGAUAAGAAGAAUACUGGGAAGAUCGGGCUGGAUAUCCUGCAGUGGCUUUGCUUGGCCAUCAGUUAAAAGCUGCAAAUUUCCAGCUAAAGCAGAAGAUCCAGAAUUUCAAAAAUGGCUGCAAGAGUAAAAUCAACCGAAG